CAGCAGAGGAGGUGUUCCUGGUAGCCAUCUUGGAUGUGCGGAGUGAUUGUUUGGCGAAAAUAAUUAAUAUAAUUUUGAAAAAUAGCGUGAGGACUUAAGCAAAUACGAUUUAAAAGAGUGGUGUCAACUAAGAACAGAAAAGAUAAAUCGGAAAAUCCAGUGAAAGAAGGCAUGAAGACAGCAUCCUAGUCAACAGUCAUGGCUGAUAAAAGGAAACUUCAAGGUGAAAUAGAUCGAUGUUUGAAAAAGGUAACAGAAGGCGUGGAACAGUUUGAAGACAUUUGGCAAAAGCUUCACAAUGCAGCCAACGCUAACCAGAAGGAGAAGUAUGAAGCCGACCUCAAGAAAGAGAUUAAAAAACUACAGCGUCUUCGAGACCAGAUCAAGACGUGGGUGGCCUCCAACGAGAUUAAAGACAAAAGGCAGCUAGUGGAGAAUCGCAAACUGAUUGAGACGCAAAUGGAGCGGUUCAAGAUCGUGGAGCGAGAGACCAAGACGAAGGCGUACUCGAAAGAGGGGCUGGGCCUGGCACAGAAGGUGGACCCGGCCCAAAGGGAGAAAGAGGAGGUCGGCAAUUGGCUAACGAAUACAAUAGACACUCUGAACAUGCAGGUGGACCAGUUUGAGAGCGAAGUGGAGUCCCUCUCAGUCCAGACUCGAAAGAAGAAGGGCGACAAAGAGAAACAGGACCGCAUCGAAGAGCUGAAGUGCUUCAUCGAGAAGCACCGGUACCACAUCCGGAUGCUGGAGACCAUCCUGCGCAUGCUGGACAACGACACCUUGCCGGUGGACUCCAUCCGCAAGAUCAAGGACGACGUGGAGUACUACAUGGACUCGUCGCAGGACCCCGACUUCGAGGAGAACGAGUUCCUCUACGACGACCUGGAUCUGGAGGAGCUCCCUACCUCUCCCUCUGUCUCCCCCCAUCCAUCUCUUGUCUCUCUAGCCGGGUCGCUGGUGGCCACGUCCCCGCCGGGCCAAUCGCUCCUGGACGAUGAUCUCUUCCAUCAGAUCUCCAGCGGCACGCCUACCUCCACCACUUCCUCCUCGCCCAUCCCUCCCUCGCCCGCAACUUACACUACGGAGAACUCUGAAGAUGACAAGAAAAGGGGACGUUCGACAGACAGUGAAGUCGGUCAGCUGUGCUGCACCAGGAGUGGUUUUGAAGUAAUGCCUUUUAUAACAUUUCAGUCGCCUGUCAAGAACGGCAACCCCUCUUCGUCGUUGUCCUCCUCCUCCUCUUCAUCCUCCUCCUCUUCAUCCUCUGCCUCCUCGGGAGCCUCCUCAUCCUCGCUGGCGACCAUCGCCGGGGGUUGCCUGCCUGUCACUGGGGGCAACAGCCUUCUGGGCAACAUGGGGGGUCUCCUCUCCAACUCUGGCAGCUACAGAGACGCUACCCAGCAGCAGCAGCUGCAGCAGCAUUACCAAACCCAGCAGGCCAGAAACUCAGUCAUCUCCUCCAACACACCCUCCAACUCCAACCCGUCGAACAACAUCCUCCUCCCCAGCCCCUCCGCUUCCUCAUCCGCCAACUCUAGCACGACCCUCCCCCCACUCACGCCCAACACCCAGUUGCAUGCUCCGUCAAGGCCUUCACCGUCCUCCAGCUUGGGGCUCGGGUUGGGCUUGGGCCUUGGUAAAGGCGGCAUUACGGGGUCACCGGCCGUCAGCCAGAUGUCGGGCCUUGGCUUGUCGGGGAUGCCGGCAUCCCUAAACACCAUGGCCGGGCUCCUGGCGGGCUCAACUUCGGCCCCCUACGCCACAGCAGCAGCAGGCUCCGGAACCAUCGGAAGCCCCCUAGCAGGGAAAAGCGGCUGCAGUAGCAGCCCUAACUCCAGCACAGUGGGACCGGUGGGCGGGAACACUGUCGGCGACAGAUCCACGGGCCUGUUGGGCUCUGCGCCCGGUGCAAUUGGUGUCAGCGGUGGGAUCCUCAGCCUAAGCGGCCUUGGCUCAGGGCAGUUGGCGGUCCAGGGCCUUCCCCUGGUGGCCCCCAGUCCCAUAGGAGGCCUGUCCCCUGGAAGCAGCCUGGGAGCCAUAGGAAGCAUUGGAGGGAACUCUGGUUCAGGUUCAAGCAGUAGCGUGGGCAUGGGAGGAGGAAGCUCGUCGAUCACAAGGCCACCCAGUGGACAGAAGCAGAAUGGUAGCACUAGUUACAGUGCUGUAGUAGCAGACAGCACACCCGAUUCCGCCCUCAACAGUGCCAGCCAAUUACAAAGCAGCCAACCCUCGUCUUUGACCUCCACCACCAAUCAGCCUAAAGACAGUGGCCCCAGCCUCUUAGGGCCCAUGACUCUUCCCACCAGCUCUCCCUCGCCCUCCUACAGCGAGAGUAAACUUCCAGGCAGCGGUAUGCUCAACGGGCCACUCUCCUACACACAGACCUCUGAAAGCAAGCCCCAGGAGCCUCUGAGCACUCUAAAGUCUAUGGCAGAACGAGCGGCACUGGGCUCAGGAAUGGAGGGAGAGAUGCUCCCUCUGCACCUCACCACAGACAUUUUCCCCAGCGCUACAUUGCCCCCGGGGCCUCCCUCGGCCCCCCAGCAGCCCUCGCUUUCAGAGGUCAGCAUCCCCCCAUCGCUGGGCGUGUGCCCACUCGGGCCUGUGCCCCUGUCCAAAGACCAGCUGUACCAGCAGGCCAUGCAGGAAUCGGCAUGGACGCACAUGCCUCACCCCUCCGACUCGGAGAGGAUCAGGCAGUACCUGAUGAGGAACCCAUGUCCCACCCUGCCUUUCCACCACCAGGUGCCACCCCCCCACUCCGACUCUGUAGAGUUCUACCAGAGACUGUCCACAGAGACACUGUUCUUCAUCUUCUACUACCUAGAGGGCACUAAGGCCCAGUAUCUGGCAGCCAAGGCCUUGAAGAAGCAGUCGUGGCGGUUCCACACCAAGUACAUGAUGUGGUUCCAGAGGCACGAGGAGCCCAAGACCAUCACAGAUGAGUUUGAGCAGGGGACGUACAUUUACUUUGACUACGAGAAGUGGGGACAACGGAAGAAGGAGGGAUUCACGUUUGAGUACAGGUACCUUGAGGACCGAGACCUCCAGUGACAUAAGGCAGAGGAGGAGAAUGAAAGAAGGGUGGACUACCGUCGACAUUCCUGGAUUGAACUCAACACACUGGGAAGAGGGACGGAUGCAGACGCCAGACUGAGCCAGUCUUAGCAGAGCAUAAUGCAUUUGGAGCUUCUCCCUCUUUGCCCUGUGAAGCCACACCCCCUACAGUGAUAAACCCCUCCCUCUUUCCCAUAAGGCAGUUUUGAUUUAGAUUGAAGCUUUUUAUCUCUUACCUGAACUGGAUCCCUUUUUAUAUAUAUAUAUAUAUAUAUAUAUAUAUAUAUAUUAUGUUUGGUUGAUAACACACUCCUUUAUUAUUUUUUUACUCACCUACCACUCAUUUGAGAGAACCAAAGAUGAUUGGUCAAAUCUGUUUUAAUUCCCAGCAGUAUGGCAGUCCAAUUUUAAAAAAGAAAAAGAAAAAAAAAGUGACAAGAUGAAGCAAGAGGCAAAUCAAAUGAGCCCUUGGGAGAUGGUGGGUCAGAGGGGGGUGGGUCCAAAGCCUAAAGCAGUUCACAGCAGUCCGAGGUCAUUGCUGGGUUGUACACAAGCUAAAGACUAGAGGGGAAACGGUAGCAUUUCCAUGUUACAAUAAGGGCUUUUUGGGGUGACUCCAUGUUUUAGCCCUAAUGAAUAGACUCUUCAUGGUCACCAGCCCACCCUAAUGUUAAACUAAUAGCUUCCUCUUGGGUACACCCAGCAUUGACCAGACUGCCAUAAAGACUGCUAUAAUAAAAUAUGGUAACCCAGCCCUCCUCCAUCCCUCCAUUCAUUCUUAUCCCAAGUUACAGCAUUACGUUUAUAUUGCUGUGGUCAACAGCAACAGAAACCACACCAGCACUUAAGCGUCUCGUCUGUAGAGUAUGUUUACAAGUGUUUUAACCCGAGAGGUGGGCUUUUACAAUAAACUCGACCGCCCUAGUAAUAACAAUUCAUUAUUUUUGUUCCCGCCACUUUGAUGAUAAUGUACAAAUCAGUUGUGAUUGCACUUCCAAAAUUCACUUCAACCUCCAGGUUUUCUCAGGAAGUGUUUGAUGGAUCAUUGUGUGAGGAAAUAUACCAGUUCAGGAGCUCCAUUGCAGCACAAAAACCCCACAGAGAUCAGACUGACAUCGCAGGCAAUUUUUUUGUCCACCCCAAUAGGGCUUUCUAUCCCUUUUAAUGGCCAUUUGUUUCAUUUCAGGCUUUAAAAAAAAAAAAAAAUUAUAUCCUCCAAUGUUUGGAGUGCAAUCUUAAAUUUGUCAUUUUCGUUUGCCUGUGUAUGUCAUCUCAGAGAUGGAAAGCAUUUCAAUCCGAAAGAGUGAGACCCUGUUUUUUUUUUAAAGAAAAUAACUUGUCAGGGUACCAUUUACUGACAAGCCUGCUGUUUUUAAUGUUACCUUUACCUAUUUGGCAAGCGGAAGGGAAGUCAUCCAGAGCUGACAUGUGAAUCUCUCCCCCUCUGAAAGGGUGUUGUAUAGACUGUCAUUUUCAUCCUUUUUGAUUGUCGUCGUCGUCGUCUUCUGGACAGCAUGAUCAAUGACACUUGCAAAGUGGAGCUGAGAAAAUUAAGUAAAUAUGAAGCAUAACCAUGAAUAAAGGAUUGUAAAAUAUUAAUAAAAUAAUUACUUUUCAGAA